AUGCGAGAGGCGGUGACGCACGAGUGGCGGGACGGCGACAGCGAGGUGCGCGUCACGCUCUUCACGGGCCCGCUGGUCGGAGGCGCUGGUCGCGUGCGCUUCACCUGCAGCGAGCAGCGCGUGCAGGUGACGCUGCCGGACGGCCGCCGCUGGAGCAGCCGGCUCUUCGCCACUGUGCUGCCAGACGGCUCCGACUUCCAGUACAAGGGCGGCAAGGUGCUGCUGCGCCUGCUCAAGCUCGACCCCAAGGUCAAGUGGGGCUGCCUGGAGCCCAUCAAGAUACCUCGAGUCAAGACGCUGCCGACCACUAAGCAGAUGAAAGACAUGAGUAACGUUGAAAAGGUGCUUGGGACGGGGGCCGCUGAGUCGGACGCGAGUGCGACGGUGAACGGCGGCCCAGGACCCGGCCUGGAGCUCCCGCCAACGCCCUCCGUCGAGCCGGUGCUGCUGGACAAUCUCAAGUACAGCAUGUUCGAGACGGACUCGGAGGUGCGCGUCUCCAUCUAUGUGAAGCAAAUCAAGAACGAAACGAUAUCCGUCACGUACGAACCGGACUGCUUCAGCGUCGUCUUCGGCACCAGGUCACCGCUGCCGCUGCCGCUGGCUCUGCCGCCACCGCCGCCGCCGCCGCCAGCGGCCCCCCUCGAGCUGGGCAUGACCGGGCUCGACAACAUCGGCAACACCUGCUUCCUCAAUUCGGUCAUCCAAUGCCUGGCCAAUACCCGCGAGCUCAGGGACUACUUCGCAGAAUCCGUGUUCCAGUCGGACAUCAACCGGGACAACCCGCUGGGCAUGAGCGGGCAGCUGGCGCUGUCUUUCGCCGUGCUGCUGCGCGUGCUCUGGUCCGGCCAGCACCGCUCGCACAAUCCGCACCAGCUCAAGUCACUGGUCGCCAAGAAGGCGACGCAGUUCACCGGCUUCGCGCAGCACGACGCGCAGGAGUUCAUGGCCUUCCUGCUCGACGGCCUGCACGAGGAUCUGAACCGAGUGCGGGUGAAGCCGUACACGCAGACGGAGGAGGCCGGCGACCGGCCGGACGCCGAGGUGGCGCGCGAGUCCUGGCACCGCUACCGGCUGCGCGACGACUCGGCCAUCGUGGACCUCUUCCAGGGACAGUACAAGUCGAAGCUGGUCUGCCCGGACUGCGGCAAGGUGUCCGUGACGUUCGACCCGUUCUUGUACCUCUCCAUCCCGCUGCCGAAGAAGAAGCGGCCGGUGGCGGUGACCUUCUUCCGCGCCGACCCCACCGUCCGGCCAGUCACGUACAACCUGUACGUCACGGCUGAUGGCCAGGCGGACGAGAUCAUGGAGAAGCUCUCGGAGAAGGCGGGCGUGUCGUCCAAGUUCAUCAAGCUGAUCGAGGAGCGCAGACACAAGGUGCUCAAGGUGUACUCGCGCGGCGCCGGCAUCAGCUCCAUCAGCCGCACAUCGCACAUGCUAGCCUUCCAGCAGCUCGACCCGGCCGACGUGGGAGAGCCUGUCGUCGAGCUGCUCGUCAUCCAGCGGCUGCUGUGCCCCAGCCCGGCCCGCGUCUGCUCCAGCUGCUUUCUCACACCGCGGUUCUCCCCCGAUGGCAGGCACUCGGUGAACGUGUUCUGCGUUCCGGUGAGCUCGUCGGGCGAGCGGCGCGACUCUCUGAGCUCCAACACCAGCUCCGACAGCGGCAAGUGCACGGACACGGAGGAGGUGCCGGCUGAGGAGGAGGCGGCAUCCGGCGACUCGGCCGACCGGCACGGACCGCCGCCGGCGACAGGGGGCGAGGAGAAGCAGCUGUUCUUCAUCAAGCCGGUGAACCAGCAGGGACAGAGCAUCACCACAGCGGACGGCGCCCGGCUGCAGAACUGCGAUGACCAGCCGCUGGAUCUGCACGGCAACUGCAUGGUGGCGAUGGACUGGAAGACGCACCACCGCUCGCGGCCCUGCUGUCUGGUGGAGGACAAGGAGCUGGACGCGGCCCCGGAGCCGGGGCCGUCGCUCGGCGGCGAGCCCGGCGCUGACUUCACGCUCGACCAGUGUCUGCAGCUCUUCACGGAGCCGGAGCAGCUGUCGCCGGGCGAGGCCUGGUACUGUCCCAGGUGCAAGACUCACAGAGAAGCGGAGAAACAGAUGAGUCUAUGGCGCGUACCCCUCAACCUCAUAGUGCAGCUCAAGCGCUUCUCGUUCAAGGACUUCAUCUACAGGGACAAAAUCGACAAAAUGGUCCAUUUCCCAACGAGGGGUCUGGAUCUCAGUCCGUACCUGACGGUGGAGCCGGACGACGGGCCCGCCGUCUAUGACCUGUACGGCGUCAUCAACCACCACGGCGGUAUACUGGGCGGUCACUACACGGCCUUCGCGCGCUGCGUGGACCCCCUCCGUCCUGAGGAGUCCGAAUACGACUGGCGCCUGUUCGACGACAGCCGCGUCAGCCGGGUCACCGAAGAGCGCGUCGUCACCCAGGAGGCCUACCUGCUGUUCUACCGGCGCCGCGUGCCGUACGUGGCGACGCCGCGCUCCACCGACGCAGAGGAGAUCGACUGAGGCCGGCCGCCCGGCCGGCCCUGUCACCGCGUACAAAGGGUCGUGGCCGCUCCUGCUGACCCGCCCGCUGCCCGCGCCUGAGGCGGCCACGUCCACGGCCGAGGCGGCCACGUCCACGGCCGAGGUGGCCACGUCCACGGCUGAGGCGGCCACGUCCACGGCCGAGGCGGCCACGUCCAUGUCUCGGGAGCUCACGGGUGAAGCCGGCUCUGGCGGACCGGCAAUCGCACGGCUUGUGGAUCUCUGGGGUGCAAGGCUGGACGCUCGGGUCACUGGGAGGUCCUGCGCUGAGACUGGGUAUGUUGUGGGCGUAUUCACGAGUGUGCGAGACACCGGUCCUAGGUUGCCGGAGUCUCCGUGUCCACAAUA